AUGCUGGGACUGAAGGAGCCCCCAGGAUGGAGCCUAGACCCCUCUUCCAGUUUUAGCUCUUCGGAGAUGUUGGUAUUCCUACUCCUGCUGCCCAUCAUCUGUGGGGAGUCUCCCCAAGAAGGGACGAAAUUCAGUCUGAAGGUUCUGGAAACAGUGAGAGUUCAAGAGAACCUGUGUGUCCAAAUUCCCUGUACCUUCUCCUAUGGAAGAAAGGAUGAAUCCCGAGACCAGAUCUUUCUCUUUUGGCACUUGAAUGGAAAAAACAGUGUCAAGAAUGUGGCUACCAAUAAGCCCAAUUCGACCAUACCUGCAAAAUUUCGAGGUCGCUUCAGCAUUAUCGGGAACCCCCAGAACUAUAAUUGCUCUCUGUUCAUCAUGAAUGCUCAGAAGUCAGACACAGGAGAAUAUGCCCUCAGGGUAGAGAAAGGAAACUCAACACAUGACUUUGAAAAUAAAGUGUUUGUCAAUGUAUUGGAACUGACACAGAAGCCAGAAAUCCAAAUUCCAGAGACCCUGGACUCUGGGAACCCAGUAACUCUGACCUGCAAGAUGCCAGGGGCCUGUGAGGGAGAGAAUUCUCCCACCUUUCUCUGGACAGGAUCUGCCCUCUCCUCCUUGAGUCCUGGCACCAGGACCCAUACCUUCUCCAAGCUGUCUUUCACUCCAAGACCCCAGGACCAUGGCACCAACCUCACUUGUAGAGUAACCUUUAAGGAAUCCUGUGUGAGCUCAGAGGAGACUGUCCAACUCAGGGUCACCUAUUCUCCCAAGGAGCUAACCAUUCAGGUUUUCCAUGGAAACUGGACAGGAACCCCAGGAAAUGCACUUUAUCUGCCAGUCUUGGAGGGUGAGUCCUUGGAUCUUAGCUGUGCUGCUGAUAGUAACCCAGCCACCUCUCUGAAGUGGACCAAAGAAAGGCAGACUCUGAACUCCUCCCAGCCUUCAGCUGCUGGGGUUGUGGCCCUGCAACUUCAUCAGGUGGGGCCAAGGGACUCUGGAGAAUACAUUUGCCAAACCCAGGACCCACUGGGGUCCCAGAAGGCUUCCCUGGUGCUCUCCGUGCAGUACCCCCCAAAGCUUCUCAGCUCUUCUUGCUCCUGGGCUAAGGAGGGCUUGCUUUGUACCUGCUCUGUCCAGGCAGAGCCGGCCCCCUCCCUGCUCUGGUGGUUGGGAGAGAAGAUUGUGCAAGAAAACAGCAGUGACACCCUUCAGGAAGUAUCUACCACCUCUGGGGUCUGGACUAACAGCAGCCUGAGUUUGAAGGAAAAGCUGGAUCCUGCCCUAAGCCUCCGCUGUGAAGGGAGGAACCGUCAUGGGAUCCAUAGUCUCAGCAUCCUACUCAUGCCAGGUGAGAACGAUCUGGGGGAGGGGAAUGGUCAAGAAGCUUAG